UGAGCCACCGCAACUACAUUCUCACGGGAUCCAUCGUUCUCUUGGUGUUGGCAACCGCAGCCAGUGGCACGGCGUGGGUCGUUCUUGCUUUGCAGGCAGGAACAUACGAGCAUCUGCUGAGAAUCACGCCGCUCACGAUUGCGAUCAAUGCGCUAUCAACCACCGCCGACAUUAUUAUCACUUCGACGUUGUGCUAUAUGCUGGCGAAAACGCGACCGACGUCCUUGCAAACGGAGUCAGUUGUGAAUCGAUUGAUCCUGUUUACCAUCAACACAGGCUUGCUGACCAGCUUUUGUGCUGUUCUGUCUUUGAUAUUCUUGAUCGUCUCCCCACGGACACUGAUCUACGCGGCAUUCUACUUCUGCAUCGGACGCCUGUACUCGAACGCGCUGCUCGCAAGUCUCAACGCGCGGGCCGUGAUCCGGGGACGCAUCAAUGAUGUGGACAACAACUUCCGGAUCAAGACGGACGGCAGCGGGCCGCGCAGCGCGACGCAGCUGUCGAUGGACGUCUUUGCGCGGCAGGACGAGUCCGCGGCGGGGGACAUGAACAUCGCGGUGCGCGUGCAGCGCGAGACCAAGUCGUUCAUGGACGACGACUCGUUCAAGAAGGGCACGUUCGCAAAGCGCGAGCCGACGCCGGAGAUGCCGAGGAAUCAUUCGGACGGUGCAUAAAUCGUACAGGGAUGGAUGGAUCGAUGGGAUGCGCCGAGCACUGACAUUAUUAUCACACUUACCUGCCCACGCCACUCCCUCCCCCGACCGUCGUUAAAAGCCGAGCGCCACAGCAGCUGUAUAUUUGCUGGGCGCCGGCGCGCAUACUUACUGUUAUUGACUCAUCUAUUCACUCGCUACAUCGUCACCAGUGGAUCGUCUUCGUGUAUUAAUUAGAUAUGGAUAUGGAGCCUGCGCGUGCCGGUCGGAGUUCUGCCCUCUUCGGCGUCGCAGUAAUUUGGGCUGUCGGGGAGAACCUCGGCGGCCCCCGAUGGGCUUUCGUUGUAUUAAUUGGAUAUGGAUAUGGAACCUGUGCGCGCCAGUCGGAGUUCUGCCCAGAGAUUAUGAACCUUGCCUCGAAAAAAAAACUAAGUCUUACUCAGCUCCCCGGCCCUCGUUACGCGCAGCCAUGGCCAAGCGAGUGUCCGGUAGAUGUGUUCUCCCGGGUACUUGUGUCCACACGAGAUAGGGAUGAUUCUUCUCUCCGUUCCAAAUGCCCGUCGCCCCCUCCUCGCCGAGUGACGUUUGACAUACAUAAAACUGCUCCAUCCUUCUUUUUCUUGCGUUGAACUUCGAAGCCCGAAGCGCCCGGCAAAAUACUUGAUUGCACUGAUCUUGCCUGGAAAUCCGUGCCGCCGCGGCCGGGGACACCCGGAUGCGUAUCAACUCGGGGGAUGGCCGGUCAGUUACGUAUCCAGUCGGAGACGGGGGGGUACUUAGUGCAUGAUGUCCGUCCGUUCGUCUGCGAUGCACGCGGUGAGUCGACGGAGGCCGCAGCGCUGCGCACAUAAGCGGCUCGAGUUCCGGUCAUUUAUGGCUCGUUCCGUCGCACGGCGGGCGCGAUCCCACCGGAGACGGGUCCACCCGAUAAUUGGUGGUGUGGUCGACCCGUGGUGGCGGAGUGCGGGGAUGGGCCGUUUCUGUAUCCGUCAGUUGGCCGACGCGGGAGCGCAGCUCUGUGCAAGCAGUACUUUCGAAUCUCGGUGAGUCGGUUAUAGUCUCUCCCUCGCACACCUGGUCGGAGUGUCUCCCGCGGGGGCGAUUCUACCGGAAGUGCUGCUGUAAGGAUUCAUCCGUUUCGAGACCGGGCUCGAUAUUCGGAUACGGUAACAUUACUUGAAGCUGAUGGAAUUUCAGUGAGAUAGCUUGAACGCAACGCGAGAGAAGGCUUUGAUUGGAAUCAGAGGAAACGGAUUAUCCUGAUCAACCCUGAAUCGUGACGUCUCGCAUAGCUACUGUUCUGCUGUUGGCCUCAAACAACAAGCGACCGCCAUUGGCCUCGAGCAACAAGCGACCGUAGAAGAAAUUCGGGUAGACUGCAUUUGGUAUCCAAGCGGGCUGAAAAUGGGUCGUCCGUCUCUGAUGGGAUCAGGCAUAUUCGUCUCCACACUUCCACUCCAGCUGGGAGUCGAAGCUGCUGGAUCCAACGAGGAAAUCAGAAAACUCGCGGGAGCCUCCCUCGCCCGCCCGCGAUGAUCUCCAGAAGCGCUCUCCGUCUCUUCCACCGGUGUUUUCGUGCGACGAACAGCAGACCUACAAUGACGCUAAACAGGGAAUUUGAACCCGGCAUACUCGCGGGAGCCUCGCCUGCCCGCCCGUGAUGAUCUCCAGAAGCAUUCUCCGUCUCUUCCACCGGUGUUUCCGUGCGACGAACAGCAGACCUAUAUACGAACUUGCGAGCUAAACAGGGAAUUUGAACUUGAUGCCACACACACCCACGACAGGGCACGUCUUUCCCUCGCGCAACUCGCCGGAGUAUCGCCCGCGGGGGACGAUCCCACCGGAAAUGCUGUAAGGUGCCUCCACACCCCGGGGACAGAGACCAUCGUCGGACCUGUUUUCUCGUGCCGGUGCGAGAUUCUGAGGGGUAAGUUCAUGGAUGAGCCCUGCUUAGCUCAGAUGGAAGCGCUGCAAGUUCAUGGAUG